AUGAUGAAAAGUGACACUCCAUUUGUGGACUCUACAGCCUUGUACGAACAGGCAAAAAAGAGACUUCGUAGAAAAAUACCAGCUGCUCAAGCUGUGACUUAUACCAAUGUGGAGUUACCCUAUCAUUUUCCUCCCGAAGUUUACAAAGUCUCAUUUAGUGAAGAAUUUCACACAGGAAUAUUAUAUUCUCGUGUCAAUAAUUGGUCUGGAUCGAGAGAAGAAUUAAAAACAAAUGAUAAGGCAUUGGGACGAAUCAAACAAAAUCAAGUCAUGAAAGAACAAUCGUCAUUGAGUAGUAGCAGUGUGGUAUCUUCCUCUCGAAUUCAACAACGAGAAAAUACUCCAAACGAAAGCAAUGAUAUUCAUGUUCAACAAGAAACUUCAAAUGUCACGACCAAUAAUAUUGGAGAUUUUUUGGCCUAUUACUAUUUGAAAGGUCAUUAUCCUGAAGUUGAAUGGACCAUCUAUCGAAAACAAAAUGAAAAUGAAUUAUUAUUAAGCAAUAAUACCAAUCAAGAAGGUGUCAAAAGUGACUCACUCGAUUCAAGAUCCAAUGAUCAUGACAUUUUGAAACAUUUAUUUUCCAAAGACCAAUCCACUUUGUUAAAUAAGGAUGCCAAUUACAUUUGGGUCAUGGAUGCAAAUUUUAAUUUUAUUUUCGCUCCAGAGCAUCAAGUAGAUUUUGCAUUGCAACGUGUCCGAGUGAAACAUGGAGAUUUGACAGCCAGUGGACAUGUAUCUCUUGUUGGAAAUAUUGAUACUCUCACUGUUGGAAGAUUACCUGCAAGAAUGGGAGGAGAAUUUCGUUUUGACAAGUCGAAAGGAACCUGGAGAAUUGACAAUGACUCAUCGUAUUGCUUUUUCAGAGAAGAUAAUUUGAUCAUUUCAAACACUGCCAAAAUUAAAUGGCAGCUCAUGGCAGAAUUAUUACUUCGCUCAUUUGGAAUUGUCACCAAUGACAUUUUAUGGUUAGAUCUCGUUCAAUCUCGUCGUUUGGAUUCCUUCAUUGUUCAGAAAAUUUCCAAAACAUUUGUUCGAAUGAGGAAAGAAGAAGAAAAGGAAACAGCCAUGAGUGACGUGAGUCGAAAAUUUGCUCUUGUCAAUUUAUUUCGAGGAGUGAAUUUAUUGGAUAUUGUGUUUGAAGCAUUUGGAGCCAAAAGCUUUUUUUGCACUUCUGGAAAAUUAUUGGUCGAAAUUGUCGAAGCAUUGAAUUUGCCACAUUUGGACAUUUUCAAACUUCAACAUGCACAUUCAUAUUGUAAAGUGGGACUUCGUGGAUGUGAAACUAUUGAACAUCGUAAUUGGUGGGACAAGUAUUACACAACAGCCAUUCAAAAACGGAAUCAAAAUCCACAAUUUAACGAAAAAUUCACUCUCUAUGUGACGAGUAUGGACGUACAAAUUUUGGAUUUAAAGGUCUUUCAUUCCAAAUUAGGAGUCAUGCCCAUUCUAUUGGGAGAAUGUGAAUUGGAGUUGUCUGAAUUGAAUUUUGAUGAAUUUGACGAAUUGGAUUUAUAUUUACCUCUUGUGGUUCCGAAAGGAGUAUUAUCUUUACAUUCUCUGACAUCGAGUAGUAACAGUCGUGAAGAACAAGACGAUCCCUACGAUCGAAUGAACGUGGUACCAAGUAGCUUGGUUCAAGUCAAUUCCAUCACAGCUCAACAUUCAGGUUCUGGAAAUAUUGCAUUCAUUGGUGAGAGUUUGAAACAAAUUGCAGGUACUAGUAAUUCUUCGUCGAGUCAACACUCACGAAUUGGUAAAGUAUCUGUAAAGCCCUCCGUUCCUGUAAUGAGCUCUCUCAAUUUCAUGCCAAGUACUUUGACACCCAACCUCUCGACCACACCUCUCAUUCAUAUCAAGCUCAAAUAUGUACCACAUAUCAAACAUGAUUUGCAAUAUGCAGUUCAAGAGGAUCACUCUCGUGUGAGGACGAUAGUAGUGAAGAUCAUUUGUUGA